UCACGCCCCCUCAAAGAAGAGGUGCUGGGUAUUGAUAUAGGUGGACUUUGUGGUACUUCGAAGGAAAUGGAUGUCGAUUAUUCCUCGUUAGAAGACCUUGGAGAAAUUCGAGAUUUAGGACUGAAAUCUGUGGAUGAAAAAAAUGUAUCGGUCUCUGAAAGCAGAAAAUCACAGGCCCCUGGUGAAUCCAUGAGGCAAAUCAUUGAGAGAGAUGCUGAAGUGAGAACGAUCGGAGCGAAUCUCUGUACCUCUGUAUUAGGUAUGCUGAAGACGAAAGAAUUUCAGAAAAAUCUUGGUGAAGAGAUGACCAAAGAAUAUGAUGAGUACAUUAGCACGAUAGAGAAUCAUAGGACACAGCUAGAGAAACGACAUUGUACCAUUGUCGUGGCUGGAGAGACAGGGGCGGGGAAAUCGUCCUUGUUGAACCUUAUUAUGGAAGGAGAUAUCCUUCCUCAACAUGUCCUUAGAUCUACGUGCACCAUUUGUCAGAUAUUCAACAGCGACACCAAGCGCGCAGAAGUCAUAAAAAAGAAUGGUGAGAAAAUUUAUCUUCAUGAUGUUACGAAGGAAACUCUUUCCAAGUACGUCUGUGUGGAUCGCUCUGGGAAAUCAGAUGAACGAUACAAACGAGUAAAUAUCUACUGGCCUCUACCAAUGCUGAAGGAUUACGCUACCAUCGUGGACACACCCGGUAUAGGAGAAAGCGUUGAAAUGACUGAUUUAGUCCUGGACUUUCUACCAGAGGCUAUGGGUUUUAUCUACGUCAUCAACACGUAUAACGCUGGAGGAGUUCAAAGCGAUCGACUUGUGAGAAUGUUUCAAGAACAAAAGGACUUUGAAAAGAACGGUCGUCUGCAGCAAUUUGAUCCUGAGAGCGCCAUCUUUGUCUGCAACAAGUGGGACCUAAUUCCUCCAAAUGAAAAAAGAGAAGUUUGGGAGUACAUAGCAAAGAAGAUUAAAGCUCACUGGCCAACUAGACGAGACAUAGACAUCACAAGACAAAUGUUCAAGAUGUCCACCACCGAGGAUAUCAGUCGAAGCAAAAACGGACUUCCUUGCACAGAAGAAUUCAGAUCUCUUCUUUUUGGUAUGGAUCAUCUAACCGGCGCCAGCUUGAAACAAAGAGCCAGGAAACAUGUAAAUUGGUUGCAAGGUUUCAUGGACAGGCUUCUCAUUAAAGUUGUUGCCAGAAUAAAUGCCACAAGAAAGAAUCAGGAGGAGAAAGAACAGAUGAAAAAUGAGGUGGAAAGAAGACUCAGGACUCUAAAAGAAGAAAUUGAGAAUGUAAAAAUGAGAAUGAAAUCUGCAGCAAAAUCAAAAUGCAACCACAUAGCAAAGAAUUUGACAGAGCAUUUGAACAGUCAGGAUACUAAAAUUAGAAUGUUCCAAUGGCCUAUUGAUGAACUACCAGAUGGCAAAAAUCUAAGAAAUGAAGCAAAACAAAUGAUCCUGGAUAAAAUCAACUACGAGGUCGACCACUGGUGUUGGGAAAACGAUAUUGCCGAAACUUCCACUCAGCUCUUUGAUCUUUUCAUGCAAGAAUGUAAGCUGAUCAAGGGGAGCUACACAGAGAUAGAUGUGAUCAUCCAGGGCAACCGCAACGUUCCACGACCACCAGAGGCAUCCCCUAUUACAUUUUUUGAACGAGUUAAAUAUUUGGCUAACGAUUGGUCCCUGCGCUUCUCCAGUCGAUAUCCAUCAAAAAUUUUCAUACCCCCAGCAUUGAUGAAGGUGUUGUAUAGUGACACAAAUGAAGAGAAAAAGUACAGAAAAAACAAAAAAACAUACAUGCUAAAAUGGGCCGAGGAUGAACUGAUAGCUUAUAAUACAGACCUAGUGUUCAGCGGUCUACAGCAAACAUACUUAAGGAAUUUCAUGUUCAGCAUAACACAGGUUUGUGAUGAAAUUAUUCCCAAACAAAUCGAAGCAGACGAACAGCUUAUAGAAAACAUAGUAAAGGAAAAUAGAGAUUCAGGAACUGUCCGACAGCAGUACUUGCCGAUAGAGAAGAGGUGUAAGGAGAUCAUUGGGGAACUGCUUUAUGCUAAAAUGACACAUCUGUCGGAUUGCCAACCACGCAUCCUUAAAGAAUAUGAGGAAAUCGGAAGUGGUUCAUAUUCUACAGUUCUGUCGUGUGAUGCAGAAUUUGGAAACAGAACAAUAAAAUGUGCAGUAAAGAAAAUGAUGUCAAACUUACAUAAAGAUAUGUACUUGCAGCUAACAGAAGUUGAGAAUUUAAGACAAUUCCAACAUCAAAACAUCGUCUUCUGUUAUGGCGUCUCCAUCGACAGGAACCAACAUGGAUCAAGCCAUCUGAAUGUGUUGAUGGAAUUAUGUGACUGUUCAUUGGAAGACCUAAUCCUCUGUUACAAACAUCCCAUGAAGUUGUGCAAGUGCAACACAGACCGCCGAAAAACGUGUCAUUUAUUCAAAGAGAGUGAAAGAAAAAGUCAGGAGUUUUUGGAUUCGUGGAUGUUCUUCUUAAACAUGUUGAAAGGCGUGUUGAACGGUUUAGUCUUCCUUCACGACAGUGGGUUUGUGCACAGAGACCUGAAACUGACAAAUGUUUUGGUUAAAGACAACAUUGCAAAGAUAGCAGACAUUGGGUUAUCUAAACCGCAAAAUCUCCUAACUGGUACUGUCACAGGAACUCCUUUUACCAUGGCUCCAGAAGUAUUUCAGGGGCAGAUAUACGAUAAAUCAGCGGACAUCUUCAGCCUCGCUAUCAUGAUUUGGGAAAUGUGGUACGGUAGAAAGGUUUUUAGUGAGGAGAUGUAUGCUGACGUCAUCAAAAGCAUACAGAACGUUAAGGAGCAUGUGGUUGGAGGGGCACGCCCCUUAUUUAGUGAGAAAUAUCCACCCGUUCAGGAAAUACGAGACUUUAUCACGGAUUGCUGGGCGGCGGAGCCAGACAAGAGACCCGAAGCACGUGAUUUAUUAACACGACUCGAACAAAUAGCGGACAGCCUGUCAUGAUGUCUAAUAGCAAUGGAGAAUAAAUUGGAACCAAUAAUGUGGAAUGCAGUAUAUAUAAAUGAUAUGAGUAAAAAUAUUUCACAAGUUCAGAUAUUCUAUCAACAGUGGUGUACUGUAUAAAUAUAAUGGACUAUUACGCACAACGGUUCAUUGUGCGUCAUAUUCUGCCAAUUUGAUGAAAUUAUGAUGAAGUGUAAAUGCAAAUUUUCACUUGGCAUGGAUUUCCAUAUUUUAAAUGAAAGGUGAAGAUAAUGAACAGUGACCAAUCUCAUAACUCCUUUUAAUAGGCAUCCCCUGUUGAAUGGUCACAGUCACCGUGAUCCCUAUACCUUGAUCAGGUCAACAGAGUAAUACGUAGUCAAAAUCAGUGCGCCAAGAAGGGAGUUAGCGUAACAAUCUGUAUGAAACACGUCAGACAGCAUUUGACCCAAUAAUGGAUUGCAUUGGCAAACUCCUCCUAAGUACCUGAUCCCACCUCUGGUAUUCCCAGGGGUCCGUGUUUGCCCAUUUUGUAUUCCUGAUAGUUGUGAGAUUGAUCACUGAUUGUUAUCUUCACCUUUCAUAUUUAUAAUGAUGACCAUAUAAUUUGCGAAUUUUAAUGCUGACUUUAAACAAGACUGUUGAAACCCCUGUAACAUCAACUUGUUUGUCAGUAUGUAUGGCUAUAGCCGGCCUCAAUUUAAAAACUGAUGAUACGCAGAACAAGCUCUUGUGUAUCGCAUCAGUUGAGAGAUAUAACACCAUAUGCCGGUGAUAAUGGAAUAUUGCUACAUAAAUAUGGGAAGUUGACAAUGGUGAAGCUAAAAACAUCCCGUUUGUCGUAAAGUUGAGAUGUAAAACUUACAUGGUACCAAUUUUAAUGCACCAGAUGAGCAUUUCGACAAAUAAUGUCUCUUCAGUGAUGCUCAACCGAAAUGUUUGAAAUCCGAAAUAACUAUGAAGUUUUAGAGCUAAAUAUAGCCAAAAACAGCGUGCCAAAAAAGUGGAGCCAAAUUCGUCCAAGGAUAAGAGCUAUGCACAAGGGAGAUAAUCCUUAAUUUUGAAAUGAAUUUCUAAAUUUUAUAACAGCAAUUCAAUAUACAUCCGUAUUUUCAAGCUAGUAACGAAGUGCUAAGCUACUGGGCUGUAGAGACCCUCGGGGACUAACAGUCCACCAGCAGAGGCCUCGACCCAGGGGUCAUAAUGUAAAACUUAUAUGGUACCAAUUUUGAUGCACCAGAUGCGCAUUUCGACAAAUAGU